UAAAAGCAUGAAAGAUUAUAAGGCUUAAUUGUUGAAUUUUGGGAAUAGUAACAAAGUGAAGUUUUGUUAUGUGAAUGAUAAGCUUUCCUCUUGACUAUCAAUGUUGGGUAAUUGUGCUGAAAUAAUUAUAACUUGUGUUUGAUGAAUGAAGAAGCAAAAGUAACUUGAGAAAAGUGUUUUUAUUUAUUUAAUUAAUGCCACUUCUAUUGUACGCUAUCCAGUUCUUUAUAAGGAAAUAUCAGUGAUUAAAUAAAACUUAUCUUUCUGGAUAGGAGGAAAGGACUCAGCUGACUACAGAUGGUAGCAAGGCGCAGCAAAAUUCACACAUGUUGCCAUUGACGCCGUGAACACCACUAUGGAAGUGGAGAAGGGACAAUGGGAUAAUUUGAAUAGAGAAAACAUUUGUGGAAAUUGUGUUGAAGAAGUAAAGAAAGUCACUGAUUGUGAUGGAGGUGGCAUAAAAAUAGAAGAAGAUCAUAAGUCCUAUGGAUUGGUGCAUGAAGAAUGUAUUGAUAAGAGUGAACAAAUUGAAACUGAAAUUGUUAUAAAGGAUUUAAGUAAUGAUGUGGUACUUUGCUUAGGGAGUGUUACUGAGGUAAUUAUUGAGGAUCUUGGGAAAGAUAAGGAUACAAGAGUGUCUGAAAGUGUUAAAGAGACACUUAAAUUGAAACUGGAUGAAAAGGAUCAUGAAAACGAUUCUGGAACAGACCUGGGACCAGACGAUCACAAUUUUUAUGAAACUGAAUGCUCCAAAGUUAGUGUGGUGAGAGAUACAAAUGUUGAUGUGGUAGAUAUUGAUGUAAGUGAUAUUCCAGAUACUUUUGGUGUCUGUAGUAAUCAUUCAGAAGAUUGUACAAAUAGUGUAGUUGAAAAUAUUUUUAAAGAAGGGGGUGCAAUGGGGAAUACAGUUGAAGGCGAAAAUACGCAUGAACAUGAUAUUAACAGAAUGAAUGCAGAUGAAGAUGAAGCAGAAAAAGACAGUGCUACAAACAAUAAUAUUGAAUGUGAUAUAAGUAAACAAAACUUUAAGAGCAAUGAUACAGCGAUUGAACUUCAUAUUACAGAAGAUAGAAAAGAAAAAGAUACUUCAAACAAUAACAUCUCUGAGUGCUUACAAAUGACAGAAAAAUGUGAAAAUUCAAUUAUUGAUUGUUUGCCAAUUUCACAAAGAACUGAUGAGUCAGCAGAUCAAAAUAUGAACAAUGACACUAAAGAAGAAUUUAGUCACAAAACAAGCAUGUCAGAAGGUGCAAAAAGUGUGGAAGAUGCUGAAAUAGUAAUAGACCGAGAAAUGGUCCAGCAGUUUAUUGAAGGAGUAUUAAAUGACAUUCAAAACAUGGUAAAUGAUGGUGAAGUUGAUUUGGAUCUUUACAAACAUAUACAUGAAACUUCCAAUGUGAAAAUGGUAAAUAUUGAUGAAAUUGCAGCAAAUACAAACUCAGAAGAAAAGAAUAAGGAUAAAAGAAAUGAGGCAGAUAAGAAAGAAGCAAGAGAUAAAGUAAUGGAAACUACAGAACCUAAAACUAUAAAAGAUACACUGUCAGAAAAAUCUAAUGAUAAUGCAAACUCUUCAGAAAAUUAUAUUGCAACAACUAAUCUAGAGGACCAAAAUUAUGUUAAGUCUUUGGAUCAAAGUCUGGGAACUCAGAAAACGCAAAGCAUUGCUGCUAAGGCAUUGGUUGGAGUGGGCCGACAGAGUUCGGCUAUGGUGGAGGAUGAGAUGGUAGUAGCAAGGCAGGCCCUGCAAAGAGCACAGGAACUAAUGCAGAACGAGCGCGCCAAACACAACAGACAGGUCAUGGAACUCAAGUUGAAGCUGUACCACAGCCAGAUGGCCCUAAAGCAACAACGUGUGAAGUCAGAGUCUCAAAUGAGCAACGUCAUGUCUCGACUGAUGCUAUUGGAGGGUCGCCUGCGGAAAGAACAGGCAAAAGUGAAGGAGAAGCUGUGGACAAAGGAUCGGGAAAUAUCGAACCUCGAGGUUGAGGUAAAGAAGCACAGAGAACAAAAUGAGCAGCUAUUGAACUUAAUGAACGAGAUAUGUGCCCAAGGGGGUAUGAAUGGAUACAUGCGUGAUGGAAAGAAGAAAAAUGGGGAGAAAGGUGAUUUGAAAGACAAGAAAGGGAAGGAUUCAGGAAAGUUUGGGUCAAAGUUUUCGGCCAAAAAUCGAAGCAGUUUGGAGUUGAGUUCGUUUAGAUUAGAGGAUUUGUUGAAUGGCGGUCGUCUGUGUUCUAGUCAGGAAGAUUUGAGAGGUUUGGGAGGUGAGAGGAAGAAGAGUGAUCCAAAAUUGAUUCCGGUGAAGAAUGAUAGGAGCCCAAAGGAGAAUUUCAGCCCAAAGGAGAAUUUCAGCCCAAAGGGAAAUGUGAGUGUGGUUGAUCAUGGGCGGAUUACGAGCAUUUCUUCUAAAAGUGCAAGCAGUUGUUUACACAAACCAUCCCAACUUUUUUUCGGGGAUAGUGAGUCAGCAAUUCAGCAAAACAUGAACAGAUCUACGAGUGAGUCAUUGCAAAUGAGUGAAAUGACGAACUCCAGUGGGGUUUAUUCAAACAACGAUCUGAAUAUUUACGGUCACGAGUCCUAUUAUGAUGAUGAUGAUGAACGUAUUUUUUCGUUCAAUUCAACACAUAUUAGUACUCCAAUAGCGGAAGAGGAAGGCCAAGCGUCCCCUAAAAUUCAUGUUCGUGGUCACAUGAUGUCGAUGGGCUCAAUGCCGGACAUGGCCUAUAGGGAUCGCGACCAGGGUCUUCAGUCAGGGAAAAAUCGCCCGCAUUCCUUGUCGAGCGUUGACCUAGAUAUGAUUCAGAGGCAUGAGCAGCAUUUAGCUCAACAGCAGCCUGAAGGAUUGUACAACGAAAUACACACCACCCCGCCCUCUAGUCCCUCGUAUAAUCAGCCGAAAAACGAGCGAACACCUUUCCAGCAGUUUAAAACGAUGUUCAAGAGAAAAGGAAGCAAAAACAAAGGAAAGAAACGGUCCGUUUCAUUGUCACAGACUUCUGACACUGAGCACAGGGAAGCAUUGAAAAAGGUUUUCGAGAAAUAUGAUAUGCAAUAAUGUGUAUGUGAGAUAAAUCUAUUAAUGUGAUUAGUAUUUGAUAACUGUCAAUUUAUUUGUCUAUUAAGAUUUUUUUCUGAUUUGUUUUUUAUAUAAUGGCUUGUGUGCUUUUUCACCUGAUAGGUGUUUUGUCAGUAAGCAAUUAAUAAGAUACAAUUUUACUUAUCUGGGACCAAAGUUACUAAGUGGCUUAGUGGAUAUAAUGUCCGCGUAGUGACCGGGAGACCACAGCAUCAAUGCCCACUUUGGAAGGGCUCUUUAGACCCCACAAAAGCACACAGUACAAGUUUUGCAUAGAGAACGGACUCGAGAGCUCUCAAUAUGCAUCAGUUGUCAUUCUAAUGUUUAAGUUCUUAAAACUGAAAAUUAUUGAUUAGAAGUUAAGAGGUUCUGACUUAUGUAUGCAGACUUCCUUACAUUUUACAAAAAUGUAUUGUCUUUUUAUUGAAAAUUUAAUUAAAAUCAAGCAAAAAAAUAAAAUCAUAAUAAGCUCUAACCAAAAAUAGUCAAAUGCAAAAUGGGACAUAAUUAAGGUUCAAUCAAAGACUAAUACAAACUGGUUUCAAGGCUUAUUAUGUUUCUAUUAUAUGUGUGUAUAUAAUGUUGUCAUAUAGUGCUGCUAAUAUUAAGGUGAUUAGUUUACUGUAGUUUCUCAUUUUAUGAAUGCAUAGAAGAAUAUUGUUAUAUGUUUGUUUAACCCAUUUAUACCUAGUGGAUUCUCCCAUCCUUCUAAAUUGGAUCAAUUUAUUUCCAAAAUUAGGGAUGUCUAGUAUAUUUAUUUCUAUAUUUAGAAUAUUUCUUACAGAAAUUCCUUUAAGCAAACAGCGCAGACCCUGAUGAGGUCUGGGUCUACGCCUUUUGCCAAGGCCUUUUUUCUUGACGCUUAAGGCGUAAAUGGUUUAACCAUUGAUUAAAAAGGUAUGUUAAUGUUAGCUAUAAACAAUAUAUUAUAACACAUCCAAAAGAGCUUUAGAGACGAGUGUUUGAACAAAGAUCCUUCAAAUUCCUGUUUUGAAAUUCCAUUUAUUGGGAUUUAUUUUGCCCCCCAAACUAUAAAACUGUCCUCGCAAGAAACAAUGUCUACUUUAUUGGGUUCUUAAGGGAUCAUCAAAACAAAGAUUUUUUUUUUUUAAUAUAAUAAUUAUGAAUACAAUGAUUGAACAAAGAAAAAAACAGGAAAACAACACAGAUACAAUACCCUGUAAAAAUGUACUAGAAGUGCAUUUUAUGGUAUCGUAUUUAAACAUGCAUUAUGUAAAGACAGAAAUUUUGUGAAAAAAUAUGUGUCCAUGUAGUGCUUCAAAGCUCCAAACAAUACUAAACCAUUGCUGUCAAAUCUGUUGUUGUCUUGUUUUAUUUUGUACUUUUUGUCUCUUAUGUAUGUGCAUAAAAUAAACUUAAAUAACAAUAUUGUAUUUAUUUGAAUCGCUUUUCUUUGGUAAUGCUUAAUGUGCCUUUAUUUUUUCUAAGGUAGCUAUAUGCAGAUCUAACUUCAAGAUGACAUCAUUUAUGAAAAGUAUGUUUAUGAUGUUGAUGUUUUUUUAAAGAAAAAAUAAUUGUAUAAUAGUACUGGGUAUAUAAUAAUAAGUUCACAAAUACAAUUAACCCUUACAGUGCGGGAACCGAGUUGUGAAGGCCUUUGCAAACAGUUUGGAUCCAGAUGAGACGCCACAGAACGUGGCGUCUCAUCUGGAUCCAAACUGUUUGCUAUUCUGAUAGUAUUCUUUGAAAAAAAAUCGAAGAAAAUGCUAAUUUUAGAAAUUCAGCAGACGACAUUUUUGCAGACGACAAAUUUCCCAGCAUGCAAAGGGUUAACGUUGCUAACUUAUUGCAAUCUUCUAUUUAUCUACUAAUUACCUAUAUCAAAGUGACAUUUUAUUGAGUAAAGAAUUAUUUGUAUGCAUAAAUUUGCAGCAUUUAAAGCAGAUAAAUGGCCAAAUAAUUUAAGCAUGAUCUGAAUAUGAAUUGUUAUGUUCUUGCUUGUUAUGUUUGUAUUGCAAUUUUCCAUUACUGUUUGUGCGAUAAUAAAAGAAUUAACUACU